AUGAUGCUCUCUGAGAAGUGGAAUCUUAAAGCGUUAAAACUUACUUUCUGUUUUGCUGUGAGUGCUUCCUUGCAGGCUGAGCUGUACAUGUCCAUCGUCUGUUUGAGCUCCUGCUUGAGCCUUCUCAUUUCUGCUUCUACUUCAUCCUACAAAUUUGCAAAAAUACUUUACAUGAGUGCUCUGCCACGUCGAUUUUGGGAUCCUGACCAUGAAAAAAUUCCACUUCCCUGUGAGCCGGACGAGAAGAUUCCGAAACUAUUUGCAUCAGAUGACAUGGCUCCAGAGAAUGGAGAUCCAAAACUUACUCGAUCUUUUUCGGAGAUGUUUGAAAGACGGAAGCCAAGAUUCAUAUCCUGGUUGUCAAAUGAUGGGAUUAUGCGAUCAAUGCUUGGUCUACCAGAGCUUACAAAUGAUAUAUCAGAAUCUGGGAUUGUGCAUUCUCCAUAUGACCUGUUUGAUGUUUUCCCUCUAGUAAAUGGUGAUCUGCUUGAGGAUCUAGGUACAAAUGAUGGCCUGUUGACAGAAUUACCUGUUGAGAUAGAGAAACUCAGUUUUCUUUUGCAACAUCAAAUCUGGGUAAAGGAAUGGACAAAAGUAGAUUUAAACAAAUAUCUCAUGUUCAGUGCCUUGGGAGAAAUGCCCAUCCAUUGGAACAGGAAGAGGGUUAGUUUGAUUCUGCACGGGGUGUCUCCUUGGAAAUGUAAUUACCUAGCAAAGCCACCCCUUGAAUGUCUUCAAGAGAAGCAUCUGACCAUUUACAGACAAAAUCGAAAGUACAACUUUGAUAAAGUCGACAGUACUUACAUCCUUACGGGUGCAGAAGCAACGGAAGGGAAGGAAAAACUCCUUGGUUUGACUAUCAAUUUGGCAGGCCUUAUAUGA